AUGCAUGCCCCCAAUGCCAUCAUUGGCACCUUACUUCAUACCUACACACUCACUACAGCUACUACCAGUCCAUCCUUGGAGGCUGCAACAUUGGUUGGUGGUGAUGUCCAGCCCAAAGUUAGUGCAGCAGCCCACAAGCAAGUCCAUAGCCUCUCAAGGGACAAGAUCAAAGGCAUUGUUUUUACCUCUAACACAAUCACAUCAUCUUCCAUGGACCAAAACCACAUCAUCACAGAAAUGAUCAAUAAAGCAGUGCCCUCCAUACCAAGCCUUUGUGGGCUAACUCAAUGGCUGGCUGCCCAGAAGGACAUUUCAAUGAUUUGGUGA